AUGGCCACUUGGGCAUAUCCACCGCUACCUCCGGAGCAGCUGGAGCAUGAGGCAGAUCGCGCAUUGGAAAGGGAACUAGAGUGGCUUUUGCGUUCCCUACAAGACUCACUCGCUUCCUUGAGAGAAGGUCUCCGUGACUGUGCUGCACUGUUAGCUCCGAAGGAACCAGGUUCAACAUUGGUCUUGUCAUCGCUACGGUCUGAAAAUGUAAAAGGCUUUGUGACAAGAGUCGGGACAAAGAUUGUGAAAGGGGAUAUUCAACUUCGCUUGAGCUCCCUUCCCUCGUCCCGUGGCGCAGCAGGUACACGACUAUGUCUAUCAACUGUUCCCACCGCCCCAGAACUCAUGCUCGGCCAAAUGGUUGCUGUCAGAAAUUCGGUCAACCAAUGCCUCGAUAUAGUCGACGUUAGCACCUGGACUGGGGACCCGUUGAAUGCCACUUUCAUCUACAGUCAACUGCACCUUUUGCAUGAGACGAUCACGGAAGCGCGGCAGAUGCUGAAAGGCGAAGAUGAUAUCAAGGGCAAGUGGUGGGAGACAAGCGCAGAUGAGGAUAUGUUCGAUCCCCCAUUACCGCCCUACCUCUCGUUCCACCUCUCUAUUGCCGAUUCGGCUCUUCUUCUAUGCCUGAGGACUUUGGAAACUACUGCAACUGCACAUGCGCCAACGGCCUUUGCUUCUGACAUUUCAUUAACUGGGUUCAACAUACGAGACCGACUCUUCGGGGCUAGGCAACGCCCUCAUGACGAGGCAAACGACCUGUUUACAUGGAAGGGGGAGGAAGUGAGGGUCAAAGAAAAGAUUCGCGUAGAGAGCCAGGACCCUAGUCUGAUGGCAGUAAUGGCCAAAUUGACUGCGCUUGAACAUGAAGUGAUGAAAUGGAUGUCUGCCCUGAAGGUACUUAUGGGCAACGACGACACGGAAAGCGAGGUAUAG